CGAUGCGGUAGUUUCACUCUCACUCUCAGCCCCAACGCUCCAACUCUCAACUCUCAACACGCGCUUCCAAAAAUGAAAAUCAACGAAACAACAGCAAUCGCCACGAGUCAAGCUCUGCUUGUCCCCUACGAAAGCCACCAUGUGCGGCAAUACCACUCAUGGAUGCAAGACCCGGAUAUCCAGGAGGCUACGGCGUCGGAGCCCAUGACGAUGGACGAAGAGUACGAGAACCAGCAAUCAUGGCGCACCUCGUCUGACAAGCUCACCUUCAUCAUCUGCGCACCGCCAUCCGCCGAAGAGGCCUGUCAAUCCAUCGUCAAGGCGAAAGUCGCCGAUGCGGAUGUCAAGAUGCGCGGCGACAUCAACUUCUUCCUGUACCCGUACGAGAGCGACGACGAUGACGAAGCCGCCACCGCCGAUGAGCAAGGCUGGUGCACUGGCGAAGUCGACGUCAUGAUCGCCUCAACGGCGCAUCGCGGACAGGGCUUCGGUAGAGCCGCGGUGUGCGCGCUCCUCGUAUAUCUGCGAGCGCACAUCGACCACAUCCUAGGCGAGUAUGCAGAGGGCAAGCCUGCCGCGCUCAAGGGUUUGAUGGCCAAGAUCAAAGAGGGCAAUACGGGCAGCCGCGCCCUGUUCCAGAAGUUGGGCUUCGUGCAGAAGGGUGAGGUGAAUUACUUUGGCGAGGUCGUCUUGGUGAUGCCGUGGGAAGACGUUGCGAGGAGGGAGUGGUGGGAAGGCGCAGGGCUGGAUUAUCACGAGAUUAAAUAUGAGGAUGUCAGUGAUGCCUGAGGUGAAAGGAAAAUCCUAUUGAGAUACACAAGUACAAAUACAU